AUGAGCAGUUUAACAAUGGAAUAUUGGGAUUUUAAUCCGCAUAUAGAAUAUCAAUGGAUCGGAAAGGUGAACUUGAAUCAAAUUGAUCUAAAUGAGCAUAUUUCCCACAAUGCUAUAAUUGAGAGUCUCUUUUUAAUGAACAACAAUUUGGAAGAAUUGAACUGCUGCUACAUACAUGCGUAUAGUUUUUAA